UCGCUUCCUGACGCUUGUCACGGUACCAUGAGAUGAUAAACCUAAGACAUAAGCUAUCAUAUAUCCACUUACAAUCAGCCACAUAGCCUCGCCGCGGUCACCGUAAGCCUUCUUGACAUCUCUAUUGUCCAGGCCGAUGACACACGAGACAAAGAAAUUCUAUCUCCCCUCUCCACAAGGCAUUUCUACUAACACCCGUUGACAACGUUUAGCUUGCAUGCAUAUUCUGUCCACAAGCGACCCUGGAGAAGUUUGCCAACCCUGGCACAACAGAGGUAUCAUGUAUCACCUGGCUGAAUACCUUACUGUCUUAGUAAACCUUCCGGUGCGCCACACGUACACACCCUGCUAUCGCUAACAUAGUGUACACGGCGACAUGAAAAUCGUGUUGGACAUCCUCUUCUUCACAAUACUUGCCUCGUGGAUACCAGAUUCCUUUGGCCAAGAUGCAGCCGUUGCCCUAAAGUCCUCGCUCUUGUCUAACUAUGACAAAAGUUUGCGGCCGGUUAAGUCCGAGUCCACUCCUGUGAAUGUGGAUUUCGACAUCUCGCUCAGACAGAUCAUUGACCUGGCAGAAAAAGAGCAGACAUUUCGACUCAACGUCUGGCUGCGCCUGUACUGGGACGAUGAGUACCUGACGUGGAACGCCUCAGAACACGGCGGUGUGGAAUAUUUAACUAUUCACUCAUCAGAGGUUUGGAGGCCUGACAUCUUCCUCUAUAACAACAUAGCCGAGACGUACGGCGCGGUACCCUCAAUCACUGACGUCACCGUGACCAGUGCAGGACGCGUGACACACCUCCAGCCCGCCAUCUUUACCAGCGCAUGCCCAGUAGACAUUGAAAAAUUUCCAUUUGACAAACAGGAAUGUGAACUGGAGUUUGGGUCUUGGAUCUACACAGGCGCCAAAGUAAACCUGUCUCUAGUCAAGCCCUACGCGGACCGUGGAGUAUUCACUAAGAACGAAGAAUGGAUCCUCAAAGCGGUGCCAAUGGAAAGACAGGUUUCUCUCUACCCGUGUUGUCCCGAGCCUUACGUCACCAUCAUUGUCACCCUGCAACUUGAGCGUCGGUCCUUCUUCUACAUGUUCAACAUGGUGCUGCCAUGUAUCACCCUGAUGAUCCUAAAUGUGUUCGGCUUCUACAUCCCCCCGGACAGCGGGGAGCGGCUGGGCUUCUUCAUCACCAUCCUGCUGGCUCUCGUCGUCUUCCUGCAAAUUUUGUCGGACUCCUUGCCCAAAACGUCGACAACUACUCCUCAAUUGGGCCAGUUCUUCGUCGCCACCAUCGCGCUGGUAGGCUUCUCAUGCCUGGCCUCCAUCGUGGUGAUCCGCCUGUCCUACAGCAGCCCGCCCUCCCGCCCGCUGCCCCGCUGGCUCCGUCUGCUUCUGCUGCGCUACCUGGCUCGCCUCUUCUGUAUGAACACCAUCGCGGAGGAGAAACACGUGGUUCAUCCAGCCAGAGAGGGCGUCGACAACCCUGCUUUCCUCAUAGACGAUGAUGAAGCAUUUGAACAGAAGAACUCAUCAAUUAUCGAUCUCAAUCUGUCUAUCGGUGAGAUUUCGCGUCACAUUCGGGAAUUCGUUGACAAGGCACACGUGAAGAAAGAGGAAGAGGAAGAUCAGGACGAGUGGAAGAUGGCGGCUCUUGUGCUGGACAGGGUUCUGAUGUUUGCCGUUGGCUUGGGAAGCAUCAUUGUCUGUGUAAUCCUACUACUGUAGAUUAACAAACGGAGCACAGCUCUGGGGAUCUGGGAAUCUUUCAUAAUCCCCACAUUGCA